AUGUCCAAGUACGCCAAAGACCAGCCCACCGGCUUCGAGAAUGCCAUCGAGAGAGUCGCCAUUGUCGGUGCCGGAGGCACCAUCGGUUCAAACAUCGUCACCUCCCUCCUCCAAACCGGUAAACACACCAUCACAGCCCUCACCCGCAAAGACAGCACCAACACCCUCCCCGCCGGGGUCCUCGUCGCCCCAGUAGACUACGCCGACGAAGCCACCCUCAUCGCCGCGCUCAAAGACCAGCAAUUCCUGAUCAUCACGAUGGCCCCCACUGCCCCCCGGGACACCCACAGCAAGCUCGUCCAAGCAGCCGCCAAGGCGGGCGUCCCCUACGUCAUGCCCAACGGGUACGGCGGGGACAUUGACAACGUCAGACUCGAAAACGAGACGAUGCUGGGACCGAUAGGCAAGGGCCAAAGGGCGGAGAUUGAGAGCCUCGGCAUGAAGUGGAUUACCGUGUGCUGUGGUUUCUGGUACGAUUAUAGCCUGGCGGGCGGGGAGGCGCGCUUUGGGUUCGACUUUGAUAAGCGGGCCUUGACUAUCUACGAUGAUGGCAAUGCGAAGAUCUCGACCUCGACGCUGGCGCAGGUUGGGCGCGCUGUGGCUAGCGUGCUGAGUCUCAAGGAGCUUCCGGAUGAUGAGAACGACAAGAGUCUUACGCUGUCGGCGUUCCUCAACAAGGGAGUGUAUGUUAAGAGCUUCGUGGUCAGCCAGAACGACAUGUUUGAGAGCGUCAAGCGCGUCACGGGCACCACCGACGCCGACUGGACUGUUACGCACGAGGCUAGCAAGAAGCGGUACGAGGAUGGGCUGGCGCUGGUUAGAACGGGGAAUAUGGCGGGCUUUGGCAAGAUGUUGUAUGCCAGGAUGUUUUACCCUGGUGAUUCGGGCGAGUUCUCGACCAAGGUGCAGAAUGGGCUGCUUGGGUUGCCGGAGGAGACCUUGGAUGAGGGAACUAAGGCUGGGGUGGAUCUGGUUGAGGUUUUGCUGAGUCGUGUUGAGCGGAUGGCUUCUUAG